GCUUGCUUUGAGGAAGACGUACACGUGCGCUGUCUGUGGAAAAAGUUUCCAACAUAAGACCAAGUUUACAUGUCACAUGAGGGUUCAUACUGGGGAGAAACCAUAUGAAUGCAAAGUGUGUGUGGUAAGCGAUUUAUAUCAAGUCCUAACCUUGCAAGACAUUGUUUAAUUCACGACCAGGUUAAACCUUUCCCCUGUCCAGAAUGUGAUAAGCAGUUUAGCCAGAAACAGCUUUUGGAAGACCAUAUGCAGAAGCACACAGGAGAGCGCCAGUAUUGCACCAUUUGCAACAAGUACUACACAGCAAAGUCUAGUUUUGAUCAGCACAUGAAAAGGCAUUCUCGUAAGGCGGCACACUUUAAAUGUUUUAAGUGCCAUAAAAUUUUUUGUAGUAGUUGGGCCUUGAAAAAGCAUGUGCGCAUUAACAAGUGUUCUGAAAAAAAAUUCAUGUGUAUGCUCUGUAAUGAACGCUUUACAAGAAAGAUCAGCGUCAUAAAACAUACGAUUCUUUAUCAUGCCUGUGAAGAGGAAAACAAUCCCUCUCUGAAUACUGGGAUAUCAUGUUAUGGUUGUUCCUCGUGCAGUAAGGCUUUCUCAAGGAAACGUUCGCAGAUUUAUCAUGAAACUGUUGUCCACAAAAUAGUGCAUCACCUGAAGUUAACCAACUCGCCUGAACAACCAGAAUUCAUUAAUGGUGCUUAUAUGAAUGAAGCAGAUGGCUCGUUUAAUGAUGAAUAUGUUGCCGAUAGUACUAUAUGUAAAACUAGUACUUUUAAUGAAAACAAACAGAAAACAGUUAGUAAAGCUGGUAAGAAAACUGAUGGUGACAUCUGUGGAUCGGAAAGCAUUGUAAAGGAGGUAUUAACCUACUCAGCUCAUAAUAUCAGUGUAAAACAUCAUGAAAAAGUCAUCCCUUCAAGCAAAAUGUUUGUAAAAGAAGGCAUUGUGGAUGGGGAUGAAUUAAAUGGUGAGCCAAGUAAUGAUAAAGAGUUUAAAAAGGAAGUUACAUAUGAAAUUAUUGACUCUUUUUAUUGUCCAGAAUGCAAUGAGCAGUUUGAUCAGAAACAACUUUUAGAUAAUCACAUGCAGACGCAUAAUGAGGAUCGCCACUGUACUCAGUGCAAUAGGUAUUAUACAUCAACGUCUAGCUUUGAUCGACACAUGAAAAAACAUUCAAGUACGGCAGAACUUUUUAGGUGUUUCAAAUGCUGUAAAGUGUUGUGUGACAGUUAUGCCUUGGAAAGGCAUUUGCGUAUGAACAAAUGCUCUGAAAAGAAUUUUUCCUGUACCCUGUGUAGUGAGCGAUUUAUGAGAAAGAGCAAUGUCAUAAAUCAUACGAUACAUUAUCAUGCUUGUGAAGAGGAAAAGAGUGAUACCUUGUUGAAUGACAAAAUAACUUGUUAUAACUGUUCCAUAUGUGGGAAGCUAUUUUCAAGGAAGCGUUCACAGAUAUACCACGAAAUGGUUGUCCACAGAGUGAUAACGCACUUGAAGUCAACUGGUACACCUGAGCACUCGGAAAUCAUCCAUGGGGAUUCUAUGAAUCCAGCCAGUGGCUCAGUCGAUUUGGAAUUUGUUGAUGUUAGUGUUUGUGAAACAAAUACCAUUAAUAUUGAUUUGCAUAAAGCAGAUAACAUUUCUGGUCAGGAUGUUCAUCAUGAUACUGAUAAUAGUAAUGAGAGAGACCGUAGCGAUGUAGUAGUCCCCUCAAAUAGUGUGUUUAUAAAAGAAGAUAUUGGGGAGGGAGAUGAAGUAAAUGAUGGCCCAAGAAAUCCUGCAGGGUUGGAUUUUCCCGAAGGAAAUGAACGUUUUGAUGUUAUAUUAAAAGAAGACUUAGAAAAUGUUAUAAUUAAAGAUGAAUACAUUGAAAAUGAUUAAGACAAAUGAAAAUUUUUGUAUUAGUAUAUUGAUGUUUUAGUGAUAUCUUUUCGUAUUCUCUGAUUUAGUCUUAUUUAUGUUUAAAAUUGAGUAUAAGCAAAUACUACUGUAAUACGAGGCAUACAGUUUUUAAAGGCUACUCAAAAAAUAUUAUGAAUUUAUAUGUGGAAAUUGAGAUUAAACAAGAGUACUACUACUACUACAGACAGUGUUGGCACGAGUUAUCAACCAGACUUUGACUAGUAAGCUUUUGGAACUUGAAACUCUUAAAAAGGGCUAAAAUCUCUUUUAACAAGAACAUUCCUUAGAUUUACAGUGAUUCAUCAGCUUUGAUCUCCCCCAAAAGAGAGACUUGCUAGAUUACCUUAGGUUUGUUGUGCUUUUAGUAUGAUAUUUCCAAGGUUAUUUCCAAGAUCUUGUAAUUUUUUAUGGAGACGUGGAUUCCAUUAUAUGAUUUCCAUGUAAUACACCUACUACUUCCUUCCUUGCCAUCUGUUUGAGUUGCUUGCAGAGUCAUAUGCAACAUGGUAUUUUUAAUGUGGUGGUCUGGUUAAACAACAUAUAGUGUACGUAAUGAUGUACUGGGAUGUCCCAAGACUUAACAUGACAUAAGUAAUUCACAAUUGAAGAUACAGAGCCAGUGUACUAAUUGGUGUGGAGCUGAUAGCAAUGUACUUCUGUGAGUUUAAAAAAAACUUAUUGUAUGGUAAGUACUUACAUAACUGGUAAAGAAAUUAAGUAACCACUUUAAAUGAUGCUGCAUCAUAACUAAUGAAGAAGAGGGAAGAUUGUUGAAUGGUGAAGUAGGAGUUCCUGUUACAGAAGUAUUGGAGAGCAUUGCAGUUAUUUUUACGAGAUAAAAACUGACAAUUUUGCAAUUCCAAAAGAAGAUAAAAAAACAUGGUAAAAAUUAAUUUCUUUGUUGUUUACCAUUUUAUAUAUGAGAACUUGGAGAGUCUAUGACCUUUUAUAGUAAUUCAAUAUUAUCCUUUGUAGAUACAGUUACAGUAUGUCUUGGUGUAGUUAAUUAAUAUUUUGAUUAGUGGUGUACUUCUUGAAAGCACAGUACAUAUUACAUAAAUGCAAAAGUGUUGUAAUUGCAGUGUGUUUCUGCACAAAUACAAACUUUAGUUCUGUACACAGGAUUCAGCUCACAAAUAAGAGUUAGAACAACCAUUUAACUUCCAGACAAGGUCGUUAACUUUCAACAGGUAGUGGGAAGCCCGACCCACUUGUCGGUAUGCACUACAUUUUGCUUCUAGUCACCGUUGUAUAGUAUACAGCAGAUGUCUCUGCGGAUUCUGUGCCCAAAUUGCCAUUUGCUUUCUUUCAUUUUUUGCUUUGAAUAUAUUACCUUUGUAUGAUUGUUGAGAUUUGCCUGUUAAAUAAAGAUAAGUCAAACCCGUCAAUCACUUAAGCCUCCCAGUUGGUGAAGUUUGCUAGGAGGGAGAAGGUCUUCCUGGUUUCAUCAGGUUGCAGUACUCCUCUGGUGACGCUGAAGGUCCUCUUAAGCACUUUUUUUUUCCCCUGUCAAACUCCCACCCACUGUCACAACUGUACUCCCAAGGGAGUAGUUUCCCCCUCGCUGAUUCCUAUUGAGUGUUCAGUCAAGAGCCAUUGAUGGGGGAGGACAUCCAGCCUGCCUUUUCACCUGCAGCUUCUUUUCACUUUUAUGGAGAGUUUUCUUUUGAGGAACGGUCUUUCUCUGAGCAAAUGGAAGAGCACUACCCUAACUCGACUUUUGUUCCAGGUAAAGUGGAGGAUGAGGGGCCCAGGGAGUUGUGUCCCUCCCUGGGUAUCUAGGGUGCACCCAAUGUUUUGUCCCUUCUUGACCUCUUGAAGGCGACGAAGUUGUAUCCUGUUAACGCUUCAACCAUGAUCAAGAUGACUUCAAUGGUUAUGGUCUCCAGUGGCUCUUGUACCACCCUCACCCUCUUGAUAAUAUAUCCCCACAUAUCUUUGGUGAUGUGCCUGGAGGUGUUGCCUUCAUCUAUAUCCCUUGGGGAGGUCCUCCUCCCAUCGCUCUACUGUUCUAUUCUUGGCUGACUUGGGUAGACAGAGUUGUGGAAGUCGUCUUCAUUGUCAAGUGUUGUUGCCUCCUCUCCUUCUUCUUCCAAAGCUAGUAAUCAGAGGACGAAAAAGUCUGCUGUGUUUUCCCAGAGGAAGUUCUGUUGAGCCUCCAGCUGUCAGUCCUCUAGUGUUACCAAGAGUAUUGCUGCAUUUAUUACCAAGUGAAAGGGUGCAACUACUACCCAGGGUUCCCUGGACCCCCAAUUUACCAGUGAGAAAAGGUGAAACAAGAGCAUGCACAUGCUCUUUCAACCCCCUCUCACUUCAAAGAGAGUGGUUCAGUGGUCCAAGGAAAUGGAUUCAGCCCACCUGGGUCAAUCACCCUUGUGGAAGAUACAGCUUCUUGGGAGACUAUAGCACGCUUAAGGGACAGCCCCCACCCACAUUUGUGUGUGCAGAACCACUCUCCCUGACCCGUGCAGAUGUUGUUACUGUGGGUUGACAACCACCCACAACUUUGCUCACCCUGGUAAAGCUUCGGUCUUUGUCAGGCUGAGCAAAGGUGUCCCCUCCACCUCCUCGGAGUUUACUAGCAGCUGGGAGCCGGACAAGCCCCAGGUCCCGGAUUGGGACCAUUCUUGAUCCUAUCCCAGCCCUAUCAUGGAGGUUUACACUCUUGGUUUGGUCAUUGGGCCAGACAGGUCAUAUUCCUGAGUGGCGGAGAAUGCCAGGGGCUCUGGCAAAUCUCUCUCUCCAGCAGGGGGAAUAACUUGCAAAGGUCUUGGACACCCCUGAGUUGCAGAGGCAUUUUGUGGACAUCACUAAAAUGAUUCACCAUUUCAGUGAUCUUGAGGAAGAGACCAUGGCCUGUUCUACAGACUGUUCUUUAGCCAUCAAGUCUUUGUGGGGGCUGCAAAAGGAGCCCAAGGCUCCAUUCAGCCUAUCAUGAUCAAGACUUUUAUAAAAUACUAGGUGAAUUCUCUCAUUUCUGGGCAAGAGAAUUCACUCUGGUCUAGCCAGUCCAGUAAGUUACUUCCUCUGCCUCUGUCUUGUCAGAGGAAUUAUUACCUUCCUAUGGAGAGUUUGUCGCUGACUAAUCAGGUAGACCCAGACUUGACUUGUCUCUGUUGCUGGUUGGAGCUUCACUGGCUUGGUGCAGAAGGAGGUCCCCUCUCUCAAACAGAGGCAGCAGCCCUGGAGUCGACUGCCGUGCCAGUGCUCCUGACAGUCUUGUUGCUCAAUCUCUGGUCACUUGUGGUGGUCAGGAUUGCAUCAUUGAUGGGAGAGUGAACACCCAAACAGGGUGCCUUCCAAGAGACUGAUACUGUAGGGGUAUAGUGCUUCUACCUACCUCUCCCACCAGACAGCAGGCCUGUGGUCUAACUUGAUUCUGAAGAGGAAGGACACUUUUCUGUCUCAAUUUUCACUUUUCUUUGGACUGGAGUCAGACUUGGCUCUCAGAAACAGACCAGUGCUGGGAUCUGCCUUUCCUUUCCCCCAGAGUGAGGUGGAUGCCGCAGUGGAGAGACUUUGAGUUAAAAACAGUGUCUAAAACCUCUUGGUCUUUGCUUGGCACUGCAGCAUGAUCCUUGGGUCAGGCUGGCCCCUCCUCAUCGCACCAGAGAUAGUCCCAGACUUCCUCUUCCCCUUGUAGAGGAAUCUUGCCUUCUUCUGCCCUGGGAGCACAAGACAUGCAGUCUGGUCCAUUGCAGCCCUUGUCCAUCCUAGGAAGGGAGGGAAGGGCAAGAAGGAAGUAGGGUGCUAAGGGUAAGGGCAGUGUUCCUCCCUGCUUGCUGCCGAUGAUGAAGGGUGCCUGUCAAGCCAUUGGCCAUUGGAGCAGAGACCUGGGUUGAGGAUGUCCCUCAUGAAAAGUAAUACUAGUAUCUGCCACCCUUCACUUUCAAUCCAGUCUGGUCUCAGACUUUUGUUCCCAGCUUGCAGAAGAUCUCACCCUUUGGGAGGGGGUGAAUGCAAUGCUUUAGAAAGGCACAAUAGAAGUUGUGAAGAAUCAAUCUCUAGGUUUUUACCCACCUGUUCUUGGUGGAGAAGGUGACAGGUGAUUGGAGACUGGUCAUCGACCUGUCUAUUGAACCAUUUCAUUCACUGGACCAAGUUCAGGAUGAAAACUGUUUGCUCAACGUUAGAUUCCAUCAAGAGAUAGACUUCAUGCUUUCGAUGGACUUACAGGAUGCAUAUUUUUAGAUUCCCAUCCAUCAAUCCUCUUAGAAGUAUCUCCACUUUACCCUUAGAGGAUGUUGUUCCAGUUCAGGGCACUAUGUUUAAGGCGCAGCCACCCUCCAAAUAUUCACUCAGGUGAGGACAUUGCUGCAAUUACUUAUGGACAGAAAUCAUCUCAAAUUUUAUCACGACCUGGGUGUGGUGAUAAACUUCAAGAGGAGAUAGCGUGGAAGUUCCUGUCGUGACAGGAAAACCUGGUCAGCAGUGGCAAGUCGUUCUGAGUCGCCUGUCUUCAUUUGGAAGCUUGUCCCUCAUAGGCGGGUUCCCCUCUGUUCCAUUCAGUGAAGAGUAAAGGAGUUCUGAUCUCUGACAAGGAACCCUCCUUUCUUUCCUAUUCCCUUUUUGGAGGAAGUAAGGAGAGAUCUGAAUUGGUGGUUAGAUGACAGGAACCUCACAGUAAGGGGGGCACAGCUUGGCACUCUCCCAGUGGAGAUGCUUUUGUUUUUGGACACACCCAACAAGGGAUGGGGCACUAACCUAGAGGAGUUGUUAGUGGCAGGUGUGUGGGAAUUAAAGGCUGCUUUCCUUGCUCUUUAGGAGUAUCAGGAUCGAGUGAUGGGGCACUGUGGUGUUGAUGAACAAUAGCAACACAUAUUGGCAUAUGUCAACAAGCAAGGCAGAACUUGUGCCUCUCCAGCUACACCAGUUGGCUGUGCAGGUGCAUGAGUUGGUAGUAGCUCACUCGGCAGCCAGGUACAUUCCAGGUGCUCAGAAUAUAGUAGCAGACAAGCUCAGUAGCCAGAGUCAGGUAACAGGGACAGAAUGGUCUGUACAUCCAAGCAUUGCAGAGAAGCUCUUCAAGCUUUGGGGAACUCUGAGCAUCAACCUGUUACCUACCCAGUACAGCAGGAAACUUCCAGUGUUCUGUGUUCUGCUCAAUAGUGUAGGACCCAUGGGCUGCGAUAGAGGAUGCCUUCCAGCACCCAUGGAAUACUUUAGUAGCUUAUGUCUUCCCACCAUUUUGCUGGAUUCAUCACAUAAUUAACUGGAUGUAGACUAACCCAAAUCUUAGGUUGACUCGGGAAGCCCCCAACUUGCCACAUGCCAAGUGGUAACUAGACCUGAUAGCUCUGUUAUCAGAGGUCCCGAGAGAGAUCCCCCAAUGGCACAACCUUCUGUGUCAACUACACAUCAAGAGGUAUCACCUGUCACUUUGACACCUUGGUCUAAAGACAAAGUGCAGUGCAUACUGACAGCUAGGCUGAGCUUCCCACUACCUGUCGAUAUUUAACGACCUUGUCUGAAAGUUUAACAGAUAUUCCAGCUCACAUUUGCGAGCUAGAUCCUAUGUAAAAAAAAACUUCAGGUAUGUAUGUUAGGAAAAAUACAAAUUUCAGUAUGUUUUUUAAAAAUUUGCUAUAGUGCUUAAGGUUUAAUCACUCGGUAAAUUAGUUGUCACACCAAUCUUGGAUUUGAUGGAUAUGUUCAGACUGUAGUUCAAAAUAUUUUUGGGGCAUAUAAAAUGAGUAUAAUGCAUUAGUAUGUAUAACAAUUUACAUCAACAUGUUAAAUGCUCCCAUGUUACAAUAGAGUUAAUGAUGACUCAUCUGUGCUUCAGUUUAAAUGACAUUUAUCUUAUUAAGAGAAAUUAUUGAAUACAA